AUGUCGGACACAAUUUCUGAUGCGGACAAGAUUCGCAACAAGCGUCUUGCGAAACUCUCAAAUCCAAACCAGUUCCCAGUGGAAGGCAACUCGGAUUCAGCGCAGAGCUCAGCGAAUACCUCUCCAUCACAUUCACCAAUAUCCGCUCAGUCACCGAGCCGUCUUUACAACGCGCCAUCGACCCCGCAGCAAUCAGAAGGCAAGCGGAUUAAGAUCACACCAGCUACAAAUACACCAGAGCGUCCGCGAUCCGCCGCUCCCUCGGCACCAAGCACCCCUCCCCCACAGAAGAUCGAAAGCAUCGAGGCCUUCGAAGACCGGACAUUGAGUGCCGUGUUCAGACUGACUCUGAAAGAAGAAGGCCAGCGUGAUAUUCAUGGCCAGCGCACAUACUUGCCAGGACUGCGGAGCGAACUCCAGGAUGAGGGGCAAGAUCUGCGCAUUCAGGUCUCAGUCUUAGAUCAGGCCCUUCUAGAAGCCGCGUCGAAGGCUGAGAGAGAGCGUCCUCUCGAUUAUCUGCUCCCUUGUUGGAAGCGUAUCACAAAGUUACAUAAAGGGUUGAGGCGGACAGGGGACAAUGACCCGAAGUAUCAGGUGUUGUGUGAGGCGCGGCGUCUGUGCAUGAGCUACUGUAUCUUUGCGAUAACUAUGCCGGAGAUGUUCGGGUGUGAGUGGUCACCAGAAUCAUCACUAGCCUCCCAUCUUCUCGUAGACCCUGAAGAUGACAGAGGAAUCGAUUUCGAUUUCAUUAACGAGGCUGUGCGGAGAUUUGAUGAGGAUGAUUCCGUUAAGCCUGCAUUCAUAUCUGCCGUGGAGCAGUUGAGCGCGCAGCUUUCUUCCAUGGACGUCAAUGGCGAUUACAAGCCUUAUGCCAUUGCUCUCCGAAAUCUUGUUCGGCAUGCUUCUAUCGCCGCUGCAAUCACAGAAUCAUCGAUUUUCAACAAUUCGAGAGACCCUGCUCAGUUCGAGAAAACCACACUUUUGGGCCCAUGGUUCCGCUUGUCGCCUCUCCAAGCGAGUGUCACUAUGUCCUAUUUCUCUAGUCCCAAGACCCGGGAUCAGGCAUACAUUUCCAAUGCGCAGCGGUCGCUUCGAAUGACACAGCAGAUGAUUAGCUCAGAUCUCCUUGAUGUCAUCAAUCACCUUAUCCGGGCCUCGAAAGAGGCUCGGGAUCGUGUUCUCGAUUGGUUCGCUACUGCCAUGAACAUCAACCACAAACGACGUGCGAUGCAAGUAGACCCCGAACUGGUAUCGUCUGAUGGAUUCAUGUUCAACAUCACAACGUGCCUUGAUCAGCUGUGCGAACCGUUCAUGGACGCAGCGUUCACUAAAAUUGACAGAAUCGAUGCAGGUUAUCUUCAUCGGGACUCCCGUGUUGACAUGAGGGAUGAAACCAAAAUCAAUGCUGAUCAGCAUGCCUCUGAUGCCUUCUACUCUAAAAGAGUUGAAGGAACGUCCAACUUUAUCACUGAAAUCUUUUUCCUGACCGUCGCUGCCCAUCAUUAUGGCAGUGAGUCAUUGUCAUCAAAGAUGGAACAGCUUGAGAAGGAUGUUCGACAGAUGGAGAGCACAAUCACUAAAUUUGAACUUGAGCGGAUUCGAUGGAUCAAUAACCCACAGCAAUUGCGCACCUUCGAUGCAGCCUUAAAAAAGUACAAAGAUAAGCUUGACCUGGGUAUCGCUCUCAAGUACAGUCUUCAGGGUGUGUUGUUCGACGACCAUUGGCAGGCUCGUUCCAUGCUCUUCAUGCGAUAUGUUACCGUGUGGCUUCUGAGAGUCGUUUCAGGGAAGAACUUCCCCAGGGAGAAAAUCACGCUCCCUCUCCCAGAGGAGCAACCUGAAGUUUUCAAAUGUCUACCGGAGUAUUUCUUGGAAGACAUCGUCAGCAAUUUCAAAUUCAUCAUGUGGUGCAUGCCACAAAUCAUUACUGCCACUCAGGGAGAUGAGCUAGUAAUGCUGUGCAUCACAUUCCUCGAAAGCUCCGCUUAUAUCAAGAACCCUUACCUGAAAGCUGGACUGAUCUCAAUUCUAUUCCGAGGCACCUGGAAACGCCCUGGAGGUGCCAGUGGUGUUCUGGUCGAUCUGCUCAAUUCCAUGCCCUUUGCCAACGACCAUCUCCUCCACGCGGUCAUGAAAUUCUAUAUUGAGGCAGAGUUUACGGGGGCGCAUACGCAAUUCUACGACAAGUUCAACAUCCGCUACGAGAUUUUCCAGAUCAUCGAAUGCAUUUGGCCUAACACUCUGUACCGCGAGAAGUUGUCCAUGCAAGCCAAACAAAACUUGGACUUCUUUGUCCAAUUCGUCAACCUUUUGUUGAAUGAUGUGACUUAUGUUCUUGAUGAAUCCUUCGGCGCUUUCAAGACCAUCCACAACACCCAGACUGAACUCAACACAGAGGGCCACACAAUGGAUUCUGCGACCCGCCAGCAGCGGGAGGAGAAUCUGGCAUCAGCGCAGCGCAGCGCCAAAAGUUAUAUGCAAUUAACAAAUGAAACGGUGUCAAUGCUCAAGCUCUUCACUGAUGCUCUUGCUGACUCGUUCACAAUGCCCGAAAUUGUCCAGCGACUUGCAGACAUGUUGGAUUACAAUCUUGACGCAAUGGUCGGGCCCAAGAGCUCCAACCUUCGCGUUGAUAACCUACAGGAAUAUGGAUUCAAUCCACGUGCCCUCCUGAGUGAGAUUGUGGACGUUUACCUCAAUCUGGCCAGCAAAGAAAACUUCAUUUUGGCUGUUGCUCGAGAUGGCCGAUCCUACAAGCCAGCGAACUUCGAGAAGGCGGCCGAUAUUAUGCGCAAGUGGUCAUUGAAGUCCCCCGAACAGGUUCGUCGCUGGAGUCAGCUUCAAAAGAAGGUUCAGGCCGCUAAAGAGGCCGAUGAACAAGCGGAGGAAGACCUGGGCGAGAUUCCCGAUGAAUUCCUUGACCCUCUUAUGUAUACACUCAUGGAAGACCCAGUGAUUCUUCCCGGAUCGCGGCUGUCCAUCGACCGUGCUACGAUCCGCUCCCACCUUCUCAGUGAUCCCCAUGAUCCAUUCAACCGUGUCCCAUUGAAAAUGGAGGAUGUGCUGCCUGACACCGAGCUCAAAGCCAAGAUCGAAGCAUUCAAGACAGAAAAAUUGGCUGGCAAACGGAGGGAAAUAGUGCAUGAUCAGAUGGACACUUCGAGUUAA